AAAUAAGUUGAUGAUAAAAUAGCAAAAAUAUAAUUAAGUGAAUCAAAAACACAUUUUUUUGCUACUUUCAAUGUUCAAAUACAAUUUCAACGAGCAAAAUGAUUUUACAUUUUCCUCAAAUCAAAGGUGAAAACGAAACAUUUUUCAUCACAUUUUUCCUAGUUUCUUUCAAUCUAUCAAUAAAUUAAACACUCAACCAAAUGAUUUACUUAAAAUGUGCCAAACAAUUGAAACGACACCAAAUUUAAUCAACUCAAACAUCAAUUUCAUCGUCAAUUUAACAUCAAAAAUUAGCUCUAAAUCAAUGCCUUUUUCACUCUCAAUUUUACUCAAAUAGUAAAUUUUAUUUAAAUUUAGUAAUUUCAAUUGACUUUGAUUGUUCAAUCUUUUUGCCUUUUGUUUUUGUAUAAUUGAUUUGUGCAACAAAUUUCAACAAUUAAUUUAAUUUGCUAAUUUGAACCAAAUAAUGUAUAAAAUGCUCCAAUUAGUUAUUUUUGAUAAACGGUUGACUGUGUUAAUAUUUAUUACAUUAACUUUAAGUGUAAGUCAACAAUCGAAUCAAAUUGAUUGCCAAUUGAUUGGCGAUUUAACGACAAGUAGUAAAUUGUUUAGUGAUCUUUCGACUGGCGGGUCAAUUUUUCGACACAUUUUGAGUUAUGUUGAAUCGGGUAGGAAUUUUUUAUCAUCAACAACCUCAUUGAGUGAUCAUUCAGAAUCGUCUGAAUUGAUAACGACACUCUCACCAGCAACAACAACUGAAUCAAUAGUGAAACCAGUGUUAACGGAAUCAUCAACAGUGGUUCCAGAAAAGAAGGAUAACCCUGAAUAUGGAAUAAAACAAAUUUCCGAAACUCCAAUAAUUAAUUCAUUUAAAACACCAUUGAUUGAUACUCUUAAGCAAAAAGUACCUUCACCCUCAUUCAGACCAUUCAGUUUUAACCUAUUCAAACGGGAUCCAGUGAAAGAGGAAUUACAAUUGAGAUUGGAAUAUAUUAAAAUGAAAAUUUUACACAAAUUGGGAUUAAAUAGAGCUCCAUCAAUAAGACCAAAGAUGGAUCAUGAAGCAUAUAGCCAAAUAUUGGAAUUACGGCAACUUCAUUCGGAUCCUAACAAGAAUCAAGCAUCUCGUCAAGACUAUUAUGAUAUGGAUGAAACAGAUGAAAGUGAUAAACUAUUCUUGUUACCAAUUAAAAGUGGCUCUUCAAGUGCAACUUUCAACAUGACCCUUGAUAUUGAUAUUAAACGAUAUCCUUUUCGGAAAGUGACCUUAUUCACUAAAAUGUCUAACAGUGAGUCCAAUGAUAAAACGAUCAGUUUAAUGUUGACUAAAAAGAGAAGCGAUUCAACAACCAAUUCAAGUUAUGAUGAUCACUUUGAGCGCAUUAAACCGAUCAAUGAUGGUGCAAGUAAUCCUUUAAGGUACACUGAUAAUACUCUGAAUGAUGAAUAUGAAUGGCGGGAAUAUGAUUUGAGUCAACUUAUAUUGAAAUACAAGUGGAAUCAGUUGGAAGGUCAACCCAUGAUCGUAAUUGAAACGUUGACUUCAUCGGCUAAAUUGCAUUCUUCACUAAUGACAAUUGAAUUUAAUUACAUCUCGGCUUCCAGGAGAAGACGAAAAGUUGAUUGUAAUGCAACUAAAAAUACCUCAUCAUGUUGCCGAGAAAGUUUUUAUGUUAAUUUUACUCAAAUUGGUUGGGAUAAUUGGAUUGUCCAACCGCCUGGCUAUUAUGCUAAUUACUGUAAAGGUAAAUGUGAUAUAUCUCAUGCUCGAUAUCAUCAUACAACGGUUGUCCAAAAGUACUCAUCAAUAAUCAACCUUUGCUGUUCUCCACGGGAAAUGUCUAACAUUUCAUUGAUCUAUGUUAAUGAAAGUGGCUAUUUGUUUCAAAAAAAUUUGGCAAACAUGGUUGUUGAAUCCUGUGAUUGUGCCUGAUAAUGGUUAAUGGUUUUACCAUCAAGGUAACAAAAUGGGACAUACAAUGGAAACAAGGAGAGACCAUCCUUUUAAUACUCUCAAUGGACUUGGAAAAGCUCAGCAAAUAACAGAAUCAAAAACUGAAUGACUAUCAUUUACAUUUACAUUGUAUUAUGAAUAAAGUAAAAAAUGACAAA